GCCGGGCGUUGGAGUAGCCCGUCGCUCUCAAGUCGCGCAGCAGCAAAACCCAGCAGCAGCAGCAGCAGCACGAGCAGCAGCAGCAGCAGCAGCAACAGCAAAGGGGCGAUGGCGAGCCACCGCCUAGAGUCGCCCCGCAUGCGGCGGCUGCGGUCUGGACACUUCAGGCGGCUAGCAGCAGCAGAUGAGCUGCCGCUGCUGGAUUUGCUGCUGUGCAGCUGCUGCAAGCCUGCGCCGGAGUACGAAAUAGUUUAUGACAGCCCCCGUGUUGUUGCUGCUGCUGCUGCUGCUCGCAGCAGAAGCAGCAGCAGCAAGAAGCGCCCUGCGAGGCAGAAACAGCAGCGCCGAGCGAGAGUGCCUCAAAAACACGCGGUCAAACCAGAGCAGCACCAACAGCAGCAGCAGCAGCAGCAGCAAAGGUCCAUUAGUUGGGCUGACGGGAGAGACGGCAACGAGGCUGCUGCGGAGUCUUUUGCUGAGCCGGAGCAGCAGAGCACAGAGUGUGAGCCGCAGAGCAGCAGCAGCAGCAGCAACAGCAGCAGCAGCAGCAACAGCAGCUGCACCAUGCUGGCCUCCGCAGACCCCACGCCUCCCAAGGAAGCGCCUUCGCUGACUCCCACAGAAGUGACCCCGCGGGUGACUGCAGCAGCAGCAGCAGCAGCAGCACCUGCAGCAGCAGCAGCACCUGCAGCAGCAGCAGCACCUGCAGCAGCAGCAGCACCCGCAGAAGCAGCAGCAGCAAAGCAGCAGCCAGCCAAAUCCCUUUCAAAGAAAGAAAAAGAAGCCCACAGGCAGAAGUCGAGAAGCCUGAGGUCUUCAGCCUCGCGUAAAGAGAGCAGCAGCAGCAGCAGCAAGGGGGAGCUCAAAAGAGACGGCAGCAGCCACAGAAACGAAGCAGCAGCAGAUGCUGCUGAGCCCAUGAGCAGGAAGGGGUCAAAGGAGCAGCUGCAGCAGCUGCAGCAGCAGCAGCGGCAGCAGUCGGUGCAGCGCUUGCGCUCCAAACUCAGUCUUCAGCAGCAAAAAGCAGCAGCAGCAGCAGCAGCAGAAACAGAAGGGCCCGUUGCGGGAAAAGUUGAACUUGAUGUUAUUGGACUCACGGGCAAACUUAAAAUAGAAGGAGAAAGGCCUCAGGUUUUCUUGCUCUGCGGAUACCUCAAUGACAACCUUUCUGACUUCGUGCUGCCGCUGCAGCAAGAAGCUGCUGCGCUGCGGCUGACAGUGGUGCUUACCCAGGAAGUGGAGGAGAAGACAGCAGCAGGAAAGAAAUGCACUUGGCGUCUCAAGGACUUGGGCUGCGUCGUCUUUCCCCUAGCCAACCUCAAGAAGCCCAACAGCCUUGACUGGGCCACUUAUCCUCUUUCCGUCUCUGCAGCAUUUUCUGGAAGCUGUUCUGCGACACUGCGUUGCAAAGUUUCUUCUUUCUUAGUUGACGAGGGCCCGCCUGUGCCCGAAGACAAGCUGGAGCCAUUUCAGCCGCCCCAGAAUGUCGCCAAGUGGCGAAACGUCCGGGAGGAGCAGCAGCACUCGGCUGCUGCUCCUUCGCCCAUGAGCAGCAACAUCAGCAGCAGCAGCAGCAUCAGCUGCAGAAGCAGCAUCAGCAGCAGCAGCGGCAUCAGCAGCGGUCGUAUCAGUCGCAGUAGCAGCAUCAGCAGCAGCAGCAGCGGCCGCAUCGGCAGCAGCAGCAGCAGCUGCUGCAGCAGCAGUAGCCUCAGCAGCAGCAGCAGCUGCUGCUGCAGCAGCAGUAGCAGUAGCAGCAGCGUGGUGUAUGCUGCUAGCGAUGGCUCCGUAGUCGAUGGCAGAGAGCUGCUGAAGAGUUCUUUUUCGCUUAAUUGCUCUUUGCUGCUGUCGGGCGAGGCGGUACAUACGUGGCAGCUGCAGCACGGGGAGGCUUCCCUCUUGCUGCAGCAGCUGCUGCAGUCCCAGGCCCCGCCGCAGCAGCAGCAGAAGCAGCAGCAGCAGCAAGAGGAGGACUUUGGAGGAGGAGCCGCAAACGGGCUUUCCCGCUGCAGCAGCUUGGAGGGCCCCUCCCCGCUGCUGCUGGCUGUCUCGCCUCCUCCCCAGAAGCAGCCAAUUGAAAAAAGACAAAAAAUAAAAUUUUCAAAUUCUUUCUUAUUUGACAAAGACAUGAGUGCUGGGGUUUGUAGGCCCCGGCGAGCGGUAGUAAACGCCCCGCGGUGCUGCGCCUCGCUGCCGUGCGCCAGGAGCAGCACCAGCUGCAGCAGCAGCAGCAGCACCAACAGCAGCAGCGGCAAGAACAGCAGCAGCAGCAGCAGCGGAGAGGUCACCUCACGCGACAUGCAGGGAGGUUUCUGCAGCAGAGAGGGUGCGGAAGUGAAGCGAAGGACGGAAACGCCAGACCACUGCAGCAGCAAGGCACAUAGAGGCUGCAGCCGCAGCAGCAGCAGCAGCAGCAGCAGCAGCAGCAGCGGAGUGAUUGCAAAUGCCAUCAGCCCGCCCCUUAAGAAGGCAGCACCGCGAUUGCCGCAGCUGCCACUGCCGCACCGUCAGCAGCAGUUGCUGCAGCAAGCGGGACGGCAGCAGUCACAGCCCCUGCUAGCAGCGCAGCUGCAGCACCCACCGAAGCAGCAGCAGCAGCAGCAGCUGCAGCAGCAGGGCUCUGGCGUCGGCCGCACAGUAUUCAGAGAGGUAUCUACAGCUCUGGAAGAGCUUCUUAGAGAUGUCAGGGCCAACACUAUUAGGGUGCAGCAGCGAAUGCAGCAGCAGGAGCAGCAGGAGCAGCAGCAGGAGCAGCAGCAGCAGCAGCAGAAGGUUCUCUCAGCAGUGCCGAAGGCGAGACACACCACGCCGGGAGAACAGCAGCAGGAGGAAGAAGAGGAGCAGAAGCAGCAGGAGGAAGAAGAGCAGCAGCAGCAGCAGCAAAGACAGCAACGCUUUGCUGUCAUUUGUCCUCAACAAACAAGCCCCAUGAUGCAGCCGAGCUGCUGA